AUGAAUUCGACACCUGAUUUAUUAACUCCCCAAAAAUCGUCGUCAUCAAAUUCUCAAAAUGAGAUUCAAUCACAAAACGCAAACGUUAUGAAUAUACCAGAAGGUAUGGGUAAGGAAGGUUCAGAAGACUUAGAAAUUGUCACUGAAUUAAGUAACCCAAACACCGGUAAAAGCGCCUACAUUGGUGUCUCUAUAUCCUGUGCUAUGGUUGCCUUCGGUGGUUUCGUUUUUGGUUGGGAUACCGGUACUAUUUCUGGUUUCGUUGCUCAAACUGAUUUCUUGAGAAGAUUUGGUCAAAAGCAUCAUGAUGGUACUCAUUACUUAUCUAAGGUUAGAAUGGGUUUAAUUGUCUCUAUUUUUAAUAUCGGUUGCGCCAUCGGUGGUAUUGUUUUAUCAAAACUUGGUGAUACACGUGGUCGUAAACAAGGUCUAAUUAUCGUUGUUGUUAUUUACAUUGUUGGUAUUAUUAUUCAAAUUGCAUCCGUUAAAGCUUGGUAUCAAUAUUUCAUUGGUAGAAUUAUCUCUGGUUUAGGUGUUGGUGGUAUUGCUGUUUUGUCUCCCAUGUUAAUUUCAGAAGUCGCACCAAAGGACAUGAGAGGUACUUUAGUUUCAUGUUACCAAUUGAUGAUUACUUUAGGUAUUUUCUUAGGUUACUGUACUAAUUACGGUACAAAGAAUUAUUCCAACUCCGUCCAAUGGAGAGUUCCAUUAGGUUUAUGUUUUGCUUGGGCCUUAUUUAUGAUUGGAGGUAUGACAUUUGUUCCAGAAUCCCCAAGAUACUUAGUUGAAGUUGGUAAGAUUGAUGAAGCAAGGGCAUCUUUGUCUACUGUUAACAAAGUUGCAGGUGACCAUCCUUUCAUCCAGCAAGAAUUAGACUUAAUUGAAGCUAGUGUUGAAGAAGCUAGAGCUGCCGGUUCCGCUACAUGGGGUGAACUUUUCACUGGUAAGCCUGCCAUGUUGCAACGUACGAUGCUAGGUAUCAUGAUUCAAUCUCUACAACAAUUGACGGGUGAUAACUAUUUCUUCUAUUAUGGUACUAUCGUUUUCAAUGCUGUCGGUAUGACUGAUUCCUUUGAAACUUCUAUCGUUUUCGGUGUUGUUAAUCUCUUCUCUACCGGUUGUUCAUUGUACACUGUCGACAGAUUUGGUCGUCGUAAUUGUUUAUUAUAUGGUGCUAUUGGUAUGAUUUGUUGUUAUGUUGUCUAUGCUUCCGUCGGUGUCACAAGAUUAUGGCCAAACGGUCAAGGUAAUGGGUCUUCUAAGGGUGCCGGUAACUGUAUGAUUUGUUUCGCAUGUUUCUACAUUUUCUGUUUUGCCACUACUUGGGCUCCAAUUGCUUAUGUCGUCAUUUCUGAAACUUUCCCAUUAAGAGUUAAAUCAAAGGCUAUGUCUGUUGCAACCGCCGCUAACUGGAUCUGGGGUUUCUUAAUUGGUUUCUUCACACCAUUUAUUACUGGUGCCAUCAACUUCUACUAUGGUUAUGUUUUCAUGGGUUGUAUGGUAUUUGCCUACUUCUAUGUUUUCUUUUUUGUUCCAGAAACUAAAGGUCUUACUUUGGAAGAAGUCAAUGAAAUGUAUAGCGAAGGUGUUCUUCCAUGGAAAUCAGCUUCUUGGGUUCCACCAUCUAAAAGAGGUGCUGAUUACGAUGCAAAUGCGUUUGCCCAUGAUGAUACUCCUCUAUACAAGAGAAUCUUCAGUAGAAAUUAA